AUGAGGAAGUUGGAUCCCUACAAUCGUAUCACCCAGCGCUUGAAGCUGAUAUUUGACUCAGAUCCUUUGCUCUUUCCAUUCUCUUCUUCCACCAAAGAAACUCUCAAAUUUCAAAACUGUACACAAUGGACGCCCCAACAACAAACGCUCCCUCCUCCUGUUGCGGCUCAGGUGCCGUUUGCAAGUGCGGAUCUGGCUGUCAAUGCCCUUCUUGCAACACCACUAAACUAUAAACGGUAUAGUUUUUGUCUUGUUUUCGCAUUUUUAUCGUUCUCAGCUCAAAAUUCCAGGUUUUGA